AUGGCCCCGAAGAUGGGCAAAGAGUCGUUGCUCGAACUUUGUACUCGAGCAACUGAGCUUGGCAACAGUAUUUCCGUCCGUAUGCUGGAGUACCUUAGUACCACCAAAGCCUAUCCUCAUGGCUUCAAGGAACUCGCCACCGAUUUCCUCGAGAUAUGUCGCAUCCUUUGGCCAAUUGAGGCCGGACUCACGGAGGCUUCCAAACAACGAACUCACCUUCCAAACGAUAUGAUCAGUGAGCUCGACAAGAAAUUCCGGGCUACCAUCGAUCAGUUCAUCCUACUUAAUCAGAUGCUUUUACAGUUCCUAGGCUACUCCGCCAAGAAGGGUCUCAGCAAGCUCCGCAAGGGCUGGGGCAUGAUGUUCGCCGAGGGUGAUAUCUCGAAAAUGAGGGGAGAUCUCCUUAAAAGCAAGGAUGCUCUCAGAAUGAGUGCUUUGGUCUUCAGAUGGUCCCUUGGCGAAGAGAGGGUGAACGCGUCUGCCAGUAUUGGCUACACAGGCCUUCAGGCAGCUCUGGAGAGCAUGAACCGUGGGAAGUCAAGCAGCACCAUCCCGCCUCUGCAACAUACAAACAGCGACCCACCGCAUCCGCCCCCUAGCAUCCCUCUUCCUCAGCCGCCGCUGGACCGCAUCCAGUCCUCUCCUAGCCACGUAUCGCGAGCGGACACCAUUCCCUCGCGGAAUGACAGUUAUCAACUCCCUCAAAUUCCACUGUCCAUCGAUGGAAACAAUUCCUCGCGUGGGCAUAGCGAGCUAUUUCCGCUCCCUCACACUCCCAGUGGCAGCGAGGGAAUGGGGACUAGCACAAUCGUUGCUCGCCAUGACGACAGCAUCGAAGCCCUCGCUGACAAGUUUGACACCGAUCUCAAGGUUGUUCCCAGUAUUCGAUCGAGCAAGCACAUCACAUCCAUCAACACCCGCGAGCUGUCAUCGAACAGAUCCCACCAUGACAACGACGUCCUUUCCGACCACAUGUCCUCGACGACUGUCGAAUUUGAAGAUAUGCUUCAUCAGAUUGAAGACGACAAGCAUGCCUUCCAAGCUAUCCGGAUCAAGGUCGAUCCCAGCACCAUGCCCCGAUGGACUCCCAAGCAAACUACUGGCGCCAACUCGCCAGGGCUCAAGAACGCACUGAUCAAUGCUGUCCAGCAAAAAAAGCACACCGUGAUUGAACAGCUGUUGGACAAUGGAGUUCCAGCUAAUCUCGGACCAGAGGUUAGUCUCCUUCGAGAGGCGGUGCUUGGACGCGAUGGAGAAUCUGUCCGUUUGCUGUUGCUCUUUGGGGCAGAUCCUAAUGCCGUUGACCGGAAGGGAUUCACGCCGCUUCAUUCAGCAACUGAAAUGUGUUUCAUCGAAGGCGCACAGCUGCUUUGCAAAUAUGGCGCCCUUCCAAAUCACUGCGGCGGCCAAGAGGAAUCGCCACUCGCCAUGUCUGUCGUCGGCAAUAGAGCAGAGUUCUUGCAGCUGUUCUUGAAGUACGGUGGCGAUGUCAACGAAGUCAUGGACAACGGCAAUACUGUUCUCGUCAAGUCUAUGACCAAGACCAUUGACGCAAGGCUAGUUGAAUUGAUGCUUAAGUACGACGGCAAUCCGAAUGGAAAGAACGGUGAAGGUACCUCGCCUAUGUUCCAGGCAAUUCAAGCCCGUCGUCUUGACCUCAUGACCAUACUGUUGGAUGCGGGAGCUGAUCCGAAUCUACCGGGACCUAAACAUCUUCUAUGGCCUUCGACGUACAAGCCGCAAUGCCUGCAGUUGCUCCUCGCCCGGGGUGCGGAUUCUAAGAAAGCUCCUGGAAUCAUGGAGCUAGCCACUUCCAUCAACAAUAUCGAAUCCAUCUCUAUUCUUCUAAAGGCCAACGUAUCUCCGAAUGCGAAGAAGGACGGAGUUUACACGCCAUUGUGUUCGGCGAUCAGAGACAAUCGACCACAGAUCGUCUCUUUGUUACUCGCUAACCAAGCUGAUCCCAAUGUUCCUGCAUCUGAAUAUCCAGCAUUCAAGUGUGUUACCCACAAUCGUGUUCACUUCCUGCCCGAACUUGUUGCAGCAGGUGCAAACUUGAACAAGCCAAAAGGUAUCAUUGAGAAAGCCGUCAAACAUAACAACAAGGAAGCUCUCAAGUACCUCAUCAAGCAAGGCGUAUCGUGUAACGAUCGCAGUGCUGAGGGUUUCACCCCUCUCACAACUGCUAUACGCGAAGACAACGCCGAGUUUGUGGACAUUCUCCUGGAGAACGGCGCUGACCCCGCCAUUCGAGGCCAGGAGUGGCCUAUCGCCAUGGCGGUCAAACGCCCACAACUUCUCAGAAAGCUUCUUCUCGCCGUUCACAAUCCUCGCUCAGUGAAAGGUGUCAUGGAGAUGGCUGUUGUCGCUGGCGAGCUUGAAAGUGUCAAGUUGCUCCUCGAAGCUGGUGUCAGCGUCGAAGACAAAAACGGCGGUGUCUUCUCACCUCUUACAACAAGCAUUAGAGAAGACAGGAAAGCAAUUUUCCAGUACCUGAUCAACGAAGCCAAUGCGGAUGUCAACGCUCCUGGUGAGCACCUCCCUAUCAUUAAGGCCAUUCGCAGACACCGUGGGAAUGACCUGUCUUACAUCGAGGCUCUCUUGGAGAAGGGGGCCGAUAUCAACAAGAUGUACCGCGGGUGGAACGCUGUGCUACAGGCGGUGGAGAACGGUGAAGCCAAUGUUCUUCGAUUGUUGGUAGAGAGAGGCGGAGGUGUGAAUCUCGAGGCCAGAGACGAGACUGAUAGGACAGUCAUGGAGAUCGUCAACGAGAGAGGUUGGGACGAGGCGGUUGAGAUUCUCUCGUGUAGCGAUGAUAAGUGA